AUGGGGGUGCAGGACCGGCCCCAGUGCUUCUUCGAGAUAGAAAUCAACCGGGAACCAGUUGGUCGAAUUAUGUUUCAGCUCUUCUCAGACAUAUGUCCGAAGACUUGCAAAAACUUCCUUUGCUUGUGCUCGGGUGAAAAAGGGAUUGGCAAAACAACUGGAAAGAAGCUGUGUUACAAAGGCACUACAUUCCAUCGUGUGGUUAAAAACUUCAUGAUUCAGGGUGGGGACUUCAGCGAAGGUAAUGGAAAAGGAGGUGAAUCUAUUUAUGGUGGCUAUUUUAAAGAUGAAAACUUUAUUCUCAAACAUGACAGAGCGUUCCUUUUGUCAAUGGCAAACCGAGGGAAACAUACCAAUGGUUCCCAAUUUUUCAUAACAACAAAACCUGCUCCUCAUCUGGAUGGUGUACAUGUUGUCUUUGGACUGGUUAUUUCUGGUUUUGAAGUAAUAGAACAAAUAGAAAAUCUGAAAACUGAUACUGCAAGUAGGCCCUAUGCAGAUGUACGAGUUAUUGACUGUGGGGUGCUUGUUACAAAAUCAGCAAAAGAUGCUUUGGAAAAGAAGAAGAAAGUAUGUUCUGACUCAGAAGUUUCAGACUCCUCCUCCAGUGCAUCAAGCUCUUCAGAAACUUCAUCUGACAGUGAAGCUGAAAAUGAAAGAAGCAAAAGAAGAAAGCGUAAAAGAAGAGCUAAACCCAAACAAUCGAGAAAACGAAGAAAGGAAGAGAGAAAAAAAGAGGAUCCAAGGUGCAAGCGAACCUCAAACCAAAGACGCCUUUCUGACAAGAGUGAUACAACAGAAAAAGCAGUCGAUGUUAGCACAAAGAGGGACAAACCUGUGGUACGUCCUGAAGAAAUUCCCCCAGUGCCUGAAAACAGAUUUUUGCUAAGAAGAGAUGUGCCUGUUGUCAAUGUAGAGCCGGAACCGAAGCUUCUUGAUUCUACGCCAGUUCUGACUGACCAGAAACCAUCAGUCUCUAAAUCUGGACGAAAAAUUAAAGGAAGAGGCACAAUACGAUAUCACACCCCACCUCGAUCGCGAUCAUGUUCUGAAUCCGAUGAUGAUGAGAGCAGUGAGACCCCUCCUCACUGGAAAGAGGAAAUGCAGAGAUUACGAACGUACAGACCACCUAGUGGAGAAAAGUGGAGUAAAGGCGAUAAGUUGAGUGACCCGUGUACAAGCAGAUGGGAUGAAAGGAGUGCAUCCCGGAGAUCAAGAUCUUGGUCACAUAACGGUUAUUCUGAUCUAGGUACUGCGAGAUAUUCUAGCCAUCACAAAAAGCACCGAAAAGAGAAAAAGAAGGUGAAACAUAAAAAGAAAUCUAAAAAGCAGAAGCAUUUCAAGAAGCACAAGCAAACAAAAAAAAAGAAAACAUCAGCCUCAUCAGAUGUAGAAUCCUCUCAUUCCUUCCUCAGGAGGACAAAAUCAUCUUGUGAUCGUGAGAGGAAAUCUCGUUCUUCUUCAUUGUCUUCCAGACACUCAUCCAGAAGAGAGUGGUCUAAAUCUGAUAAGGAAGACCAAAGCUCAUCAACUUUAUCGAGCAGAGGGACUCGAUCACACUACAGGUCCAGGUCCAGAUCUAGGUCGAAAUCAAGAUCUUAUUCUGGAAGAAGUUCUAGGUCAAGAUCAGCCUCUAAAUCAUCGCGUUCCCGAAGUAGGUCAAGGUCAAGUUCUAACCCUAGGCAGCAGAAGACAGUUUCCAAUUCUCCACGAAAUAUUUCAACACGGUUAAAUGAAAAUAAGUUGAACAAGACUGCUGAGCCUGUAAGAGCAGUUAUACUCCCAAGUGAUAAAGUUGUCGUACCACCAGUUGUCCCAGAAAACCUCCCUGUUAUACCCUUAAGUGAUAGUCCACCGCCUUCAAGGUGGAAACCUGGGCAGAAACCAUGGAAGCCAUCUUAUGAGCGAAUCCAGGAAAUGAAAGCUAAAACAACCCAUUUAAUACCCACACAAACUAAUUACAAUUUAGUAGUCGUUAAAGAGGCUAACACUUCUUCCUCGUAUCGUAAGCGACAAAGGAGUUCAGAUAGCGAUCGAAGCGGUUAUUCCAGAUAUCGUAGUGACAGAAGCUCAGAUAGUUGGCUGAGAUCAAGAAGCAGGUCCUCUCGAAGCAGGUCAUACUCAAGAUCUUAUACGAGAUCUAGGAGUCCAUCUAGCUCUAGGACAAAAUCUCGUUCUUCUGGCAGAUCACCUUCACUGAGUAAAUACCGCAGCGACAGGUCAGGUUAUAGUGAGUCAACAUCUUACUAUUCCCUUAGCGAUGAUGAUAGACACAGAAACAAAAGAAAAUCUGCAUCAAGUGAUCAAAAAGCUCGGUCUCUUAAACUGAGGCAAGAAACGAGCUCUGAAAGUAUUCUCCCUUAUAAGUGUGCAAAAGACUACGAUGAGUCUUCACAAGGAUUGAAAGAGAGUGACAGUUUGUCAUCUUCAGACUUCUCUACUGACAGUGAGCGUUCUGCCAAAACAAAAAGAGUCCAAGAAAAAGAAGGCCGUUUUCAAUUAGAAGAAGAUACUCAGAAACAGGAUAAAAAUAGCUUAAGUUCUGAGAGAGGGGAAGAGAGGUCCAAGUGUGAGCGGGAUUCUGAUCGUGCUAAAAAGAAAGCAGCUAAAGAGAAAUCUUCUGCGCAACCUAAAGGUGGUGCAAAAACCAAACGAAAAUCCUAUUCAGGUAGUAAAUGGGACUCCGAAUCGAAUUCUGAAAGGGGGGAGGCAAGGCAUAACCGGGGAGGUUCCAGACCCUCCUCUAGUAAAGAAGAAGGAGAGGCCACAUCAGGAUCUGAUACAGAGCUUAGCGUUACCAAAAGGAUUAAAAAACAAUCAAAUUCUUCAGAAGGCUUUCUGGAUUCUGAUUGUACGUGGAAGGCAAGCAAACAGUUGUCAUCUUCUGAAUCUGAGAGUUCUUGUUCUAGCUCAACAAACCUCAGAGGAAAGUCAAAAAAACACAAACAUGGAUUGAAAAAAACUCUUAAAAAAUCACAUUCCAAAAAAGCAAAAGAAAAAUCAAAAGGGAAAAAGGAGAAGAAACACAAAGUACAGAAAAGAAAAGAAAUGUUUCACUGGCAACCCCCCCUGGAGUUUGGUGAAGAAGAUGAUGAUGAGAUAAAUGAUAAGCCGGUUACUAAGGACGAUAAAGAAGAAAAGCAGCUUACCGGGGACACGAAGGAUAAAAACCAAGUUUAUGAAAAGGAUGAAAUAGUCAAAGAUAAGAUGGGAAAUGGUGAAAAGUCUUGUGUGGAUGAAAACCUUUUAGGUAAAAACACCGUAUGUGACACCUCACCAGAUCACAGUAAGCCUAAUAGAGAUAGCAUUGAAACAAAUGUUUCAACCACUGUUUUAAGCUCAGGAAUAAAUGUGAUGGCUUGUAAGAAUGAGAUUAAACAAGCUGAAGAAAGUAACCAGAAUGGAUUGGAAGAUGUUAUUCAGACAGAUGACAACAUGGAGAUUUGUACGCCAGAUCGUAACUCACCAGGGAAGGUUGAUGAGGACAUUUUGGCUCCUGUGAUUCUCACUGCUAAACCUCAGGCUUUAAGUGCUAGUAUAAACAAAGAUUUACAGGUUGAGACCCCUGAACAAGAUGUUGUCAAACUGGGAAACAAUAUUGUAGAAUUCAUUAAUAUUAAAGAAGAAAAAGAAACCUUGAGACCAGAAAAUAACUCUGUCCCUGUGUCUAGUGCUAAAGACUGUAGUUUAAAAAGUGAAAUUACUGAAAAUACGCAAAGCAAUAUGAUAGAUAAUAAAUGGAAGCCUUUGCAAGGUGUUGGUAAUUUACAGCCAGCAGCAAUUAGUACUGCUGCAGAAGUUAAGAACAUAGCUUCAGCUCCAGAGCCUAAACCAGCAGGUUUAAGAAUUGAAAUAAAAGCUAAAAAUAAAGUAAGGCCUGGAUCUCUGUUUGAUGAGGUUAGAAAAACAGCACGGCUAAAUCGAAGGCCGAGGAACCAGGAAAGUUCCAGUGAGGAAGAAUCUCCAAGUAGAGAUGACAAUAGCCCGUCCAGGAGUCUCAGUAGGUCACGAAGUAAAUCUGAGUCUAAAUCCAGACACAGAACACGGUCCAUAUCUUACAGUCACUCAAGAAGUCGAUCCCGAAGUUCUACAUAUUCAUAUAGGUCAAGAAGCUAUACAAGAAGCCGAAGCAGAGGAUGGUAUAGUAGAGAUCGGUCAAGAAGUCGAAGUAGUUCCUACCACAGUUACAAGAGUCGUAGUCGAACCUAUAGUAGAAGUAGAUCCAGAAGUAGUUCUUAUGGUCAUCACAGUCGAUCCAGGUCAUACACGUACGAUAGUUAUUAUAGCAGAAGUCGAAGUAGAAGUAAAAGGAGUGACAGCUAUCGAAGAUCCAGAAGUUAUGAUAGGCGAUCCAGGUAUGCAUUUUAAUCUUUUCUUUGUAGGUCUUACGGCUCUGACAGUGAAAGUGAUCGCAGUUACUCUAACAAUCGAAGUCCCAGUGAGAGCAGCAGAUAUAGCUGA